UUAUAAAUUGAAACCUAACGUAUAAAAUUUCUAAUUUAAAAAUACAGCAACAACUAUGAAGUUGAGGAAAUGGACGAAAUUAAAGAUAAAAACUCAUAACGAUGAGAACCAAGAUCCUAAGAAACACCUGACAGGAUGUAGGAAGGUCCCAAAUCAGCAGAAAUGUCAUGAAGGAGAGGAUAUACUAAACAUCAACACAAAAAGAUCAAUGUCUGUGAGUAGUUUCAACACUCCUGUUCCAGAGAAUGACUCUAAAUCCACAGUUGACUUUAUCAACCUGAACAAGACCAAGAGUAGUCAGGGGUCUAGCCGGUUGCAAAAGACAUGAGACUUCGGCUCUCAUACAGUUCAGACAGAUAUUCUGUCCUCUAUUAAACCGAAGAAAUCUAGGAAUGGGAGGCCAGAAAUUGAUCCUAGCUUCACAGAUUGUGAGAUAGAAGAGCUGAUGAAGGGGAUGGAGUCCAGGACAAGUAAAAAUAUCAACACUAAGACUUUACUACUAAAAUGUAAGAAGAAAUCAGCUACUGAAGAGCUAAAAGCUCUUAAAAAGGAGUAUCAUAAUUGUCUUCUCCAGUGUGAAUCUGUUGCUGAGGAUAACCAGCAGCUGGCUAGGCAGCUGGAGGCUGCUCAUCAAGAGAUUUUAUCCUUGAAGACAGCUAAAAGAGUCUCAAUUGGAGAUGAAAGCACACAUUCUGAAGUGAACAACCUUCAAAGGGAGGAAAUUAAGCAAGCUAAGGAAUAUAUCCAAGAGCUAGAAAAUGUCGUAGAAAAGUCAAAAUAAUAACAUCAUUUUCUUGAAAGACCUAGUUUUGACUAAAGAUGAAAAGAACAAAAAGCUGCAGAAAGAAAUUGUCUUUUAUAAGGAGCUUUCAGAAACCCAUAUUGCUGAGUCUUCUAGAUUGGCAAAGGAGAUUAUUGGAAUCCGGUCGAAGUAUAAUAAAAUUCUUAACAAAAAUUCCCAGAUGCAGAAUCACAAGAAUUAUCAGAUGGCAAGGACACAAUCCCUCUUGAGUCUUUCGAGAAAACAAGACUCUUUAGUUCAUGGGAAUGAUAACAAGGAAGUAACGAACAUUAGACAGACGAAGCCAAGGAUGAUGAUCAAUCUUGGAGGCUCAAAGGAGAACCAAUGUAUGUCUCAAGUCUCUAUCUUGGAAAAUAAUCCUUCGUCACUAAAUGAAUACCGAUACUUGACCAAGUACACUUCUGGGAAGACCAAGGUUGGACAUGUGAAGAAGAACAGCAUAUUAGGAGAGAACAUCACUUUCAAUGGGCAAAACGACUAACCCUACAGUGCUGUACAAUAUAAUUGAGUUUCACAAAGUAAUUU